AUGGGCCCCUGUACCGCCUCCUCAUGCUGCUGCCAGGCCCCUAAUCUGCCAUGGGCCCCCGUACCGACUCCUCAUGCUGCUGCCAGGCCCGUAAUCUGUCAUGGGCCCCUGUACCGCCUCCUCAUGCUGCUGCCAGGUCCAGAGUGUGUCAUGGGUCCCUGUACGGCCUCCCAUUGCUGCUGUCUCCAUCGCCACACUCUGCCAUGUGCCACUUUCAGGUCUCCUCACACUGCUGGUGGUUUCCAUUUUUGUCAUAGGGUGCUGUAUGGCCUCCCAUUGCUGCUGCCUCCACCGCCACACUGUGGCUCCACACUCUGGUUUUGGCCCCGUGACUGCCCAAAUGAGUGAAUUGUGCGGUGAUUCUAAGAUCGACGGCACUCAUCUGCAUGUCAUACUGACUGACAGUAUUAUUUCUCUUCCCCAGCAGACUCCAAGGGCAUUUAAAUUAAAGGUACAGUGUUCUGCACUAAUAUAA